CAAAGAAACUCUAAUGGUGGCCCAUUUGGAAAUUCAACUGUCAAGUUCAUAUGAAGCUCACAACCCAAGCACAGUAAUAAUAGCGCUAUUAAAUAAUUAUAUAUAUAUAUAUUUAUCGAGAAAAUUCCUUAAAGAAAGGAACCCAAGAUUUUCGGCUCUCUUUUUCUCAAAGUCCCAAACAAGAGAGGAGGAGAGGAGCUCUUUCUCUUGGUAAGGAGUCAACGUCAUCAAACCCAGAUCCAAUUUCCUCAGAAGUAAACUACCCAACUUCUGCUUUUACCCUUUUCUUGUCUCAACUGUCAGAAACGACGCUAUUCUUCCAUGUCUGGAAAUUCGGCACCGCUUAUACUUCGAUUGUUUUCAGGUUAGCGUGGUUGUGACUUAUAUUUGGUCAAGUUUCAUUGGAUCUCCAUAGGCUGCAUUUUUUUAGUUGCAGCAUUUUGUUGGAGAUAAAAUAAACGAAGAGAAAAUGAGGAUGAAGAACAAAUACAGGAAACCAACCACUUUACCUUGCAAUGCAGGGAGCAGAUGUUCAUUGUCUGCAGUUGUCUGGAGCUUGGUUGGUUGUGUUCUUAUGCUUCAUUUCUACUCUCUUGUUCACCAUAAAGAUGGGACUACUGGAGAGAUUCAAGUGCAUACAAUUCAGAACCCGCAAUUGCAUGAACUUCAGAAAAUUGAUGAGGAAAACAUCCAAAUGCCUCCACCUAGGAAGAGAUCACCGCGUGCUGCAAAAAGAAAGCCAAGGCGAACAUCAACUAUUAUUGAAGAAUUUCUUGAUGAGAAUUCCCAACUAAGAAGCACAUUCUUUCCUGGUCAGAAAACUGUUAUAGACCCGAGGAAGGAUGGGAAUGAUAGCUUUUAUUAUUCCCCAGGUAAAAUUUGGUUGGAUAAUGAUGGAAAUCCUAUUCAAGCCCAUGGAGGUGGUAUUCUAUAUGAUGAGAAGACAAUGACUUACUAUUGGUAUGGAGAAUACAAAGAUGGACCAACCUAUCAUGCACACAAAAAAGCAGCUGCUCGGGUUGACAUAAUUGGAGUUGGUUGCUAUUCUUCAAAGGACUUGUGGAAAUGGAAAAAUGAAGGUAUUGUGCUGGCAGCAGAAGAGACAGAUGAAACUCACGAUCUCCACAAAUCCAAUGUUCUUGAGAGGCCAAAAGUGAUUUACAAUGAGAAUACAGGCAAAUAUGUAAUGUGGAUGCAUAUUGAUGAUGUCAACUACACCAAAGCAUCAGUUGGUGUUGCAGUUAGCGAUUACCCUACUGGUCCUUUCGACUUCCUAUACAGCAAACAACCUCACGGAUUUGAGAGCCGAGACAUGACGAUUUUCAAAGAUGAUGAUGGUGUGGCAUAUCUAAUAUACUCUUCUGAGGACAAUAGUGAGCUUCACAUUGGACCGCUAACUAAAGAUUAUCUCAAUGUGACCCCCGUAGUGCAGAGGAUUCUUGUGGCACAACAUAGGGAAGCCCCAGCUUUGUUCAAGCACCAGGGAACUUAUUACAUGAUAACAUCAGGCUGCACUGGUUGGGCUCCAAACGAAGCACUUGGGCACGCUGCAGAGUCAAUCAUGGGGCCAUGGGAGACUAUGGGUAAUCCAUGUGUGGGGGGGAGCAAAAUAUUUCGACAAACCACAUUCUUUGCUCAGAGCACAUUUGUGGUUCCCCUGCCUGGCUUGCCGGGAACAUUUAUUUUCAUGGCAGACAGAUGGAACCCAGCUGAUCUGAAAGACUCAAGGUACGUAUGGUUGCCUUUGAUGGUUGGAGGACCAGUGGAUCGGCCUUUCGACUACAAUUUUGGUUUCCCAUUAUGGUCAAGAGUGUCUAUAUUCUGGCACAGAAAGUGGAAACUUCCUCAGGGAUGGCGUGUCAUGAAAUGAUUGUAGGGUCUCUUGCUAUAAUCUGUGUAUAAUAAUGAAAUCUUUUUACCAUUUUUUUUCACUGGCUUAAGCUUGUGUUGCUAAAAUUCAAUAGCUUUUGCCAAUGAAUUUUCUUUGUCGUAGUUUUGUUUAUAAUAGUUUCGAGGAAGAUUACAAGUUGUCGAGAGAAAAGGUUACUCAAUUGUUUGGAGGUUUUCCCAAUAAUCACUGCCACUAGAUUGAACAUCAUCAUUCAUCAUCA